AAUGUCAUGUCAACCAACCAACGCUAGAAGUGCAUCAAGCAGGCACACAUCGCAUUUAUUGAACUAUUUAAAAUAUUAUACUUUAGAUCGAAAGGAUCUCUAAUUUACGCAAUAUUUAACGAGUUUGAUCUCUGCACGCCAUAUUUGGUUAAAUAUAUCGCAAGUUCAUCGUCACUUGAGGAUAUUGAAUCAUGGCUUUGGCACUACAGCGACGAGCAAACGUUCGCUUACCACCUGAAGUCAACAGAGUAUUAUAUAUACGAAACCUGCCGUACAAAAUCUCUGCUGAAGAAAUGUAUGAUAUUUUUGGAAAGUAUGGAGCAAUUAGACAAAUCCGCGUAGGGAACACACCAGAAACCAGAGGUACUGCUUUUGUAGUGUAUGAAGAUAUAUUUGAUGCAAAAAAUGCCUGUGACCACCUCUCGGGUUUCAAUGUCUGCAACAGAUACUUGGUUGUAUUAUAUUACCGAUCAAACAAAGCCUUUAAGGGUAUGGAUAUUGAAAAGAAACAAGAGGAACUGGAUACUCUAAAAAAGAAAUAUGGCAUCUCAUCAGAGGAACUGCGAAAAUAAUCUUGUGCUUUUAAAUAAGUUUUUUAUUAUAUGUAUCUAAGAUAGGUAAUUAAAUUUAAUAUAAAAAAACAAAA